AUGGACAAGGCUGAGAGGGAGCUGCGCAGUGAGCUGCGGGAGGAGGUCGGGUUCGAGCGCAACACGGUGUGGCGCGACAUGGUGGCCAUGGAGCGGCGCACGGGGGCGGUCGUCAGGCAGGACACCCACGGCAUCACAGACGACACCAUCCGCGAGCCCUGGGUGAAGCGCUACUGGCAGCCCAUGACGCUGACUGUGUCGCUCAUCGCGCUCGUCACGCUGCUGCUGGUGCCCAUAUUUGAGGACGAGCCCGAGAAGCAGAACUGCCUGGCCCUGCUGGUGUUUGCGAGCCUGCUGUGGUGCACUGAGGCGCUGCCGCUGUUUGUGACGUCCAUGAUCGUGCCGCUGCUGGUGGUGGUGCUGCGGGUGCUGGUGGACAGGACUGUCAGUCCGCCCGAGCGCCUGUCCCCGGAGAAGGCCGCCCCCGCAGUGUUCCACAUCAUGUUUGGCCAGGUCAUCAUGCUGCUCCUGGGCGGCUUCGCCAUCGCCGCGGCCCUGUCGAAGCAUUUCAUAGCCAAGCAGCUCGCCGUCGCCAUCCUGUCGCGCGUCGGGCGCCGCCCCCGGGACGUGCUGCUUGCCAACAUGCUGGUGGCGACGUUUGCCAGCAUGUGGAUCUCAAACGUGGCCGCGCCGGUGCUGUGCUUCAGCUUAGUGCAGCCGAUCCUGCGCACCCUGCCGCCGACCCACCCCUUCGCCAAAGCCCUGGUCAUCGGCAUCGCCCUGGCCUCAAACCUGGGCGGCAUGACAUCACCCAUCUCGUCCCCCCAGAACAUCUUUGCCAUUGAGCGCAUGUCCAUCGGCGGGGACCCCCCCUCCUGGCUCACCUGGUUUGCGGUGGCCCUGCCCGUGGCGUUCUUUGGCAACGUGCUGUGCUGGGGGCUCAUCCUCAUAGUCUACAAGCCGGGGCUCAAAAUCAAGGAGGUGCGCCCGCUGAAGCCCCCGGAGGACCCCCUCAGCGCCACCCAGAUCUACGUGGUGGUGGUGUCACUGGCCACGGUGGCCCUGUGGUGCUGCAAUAACCUGCUGUCACACAUCACGGGAGAGAUGGGCGUGCUCGCAAUCCUGCCGCUUGUCGCGUUCUUCGGGUUCGGUGUGCUGUCGAAGGACGACUUCAACGGUUUCCUGUGGAACGUGGUGAUGCUGGCUAUGGGGGGCCUGGCCCUGGGGGAGGCCGUCAAGUCCAGCGGGCUGCUGCUCACCAUUGCACAGGCCAUCCAGUCGAUGGUGGACGGCCUCGACCUGUGGAGCGUCCUGGCCAUAUUCUGCGCCCUCGUCCUCAUGGCCACCACCUUCAUCUCCCACACCGUCGGCGCCAUGGUCAUCCUGCCCAUCGUGCAGUCCGUCGGCCAGCAGAUGCCGGGCCACCACGACAAGCUACUGGUCAUGGGCGCGGCCCUCAUGUGCAGCGGGGCCAUGGGCCUGCCGGUCAGCGGGUUCCCAAACAUGAACGCGGUCGCGCUGGAGGACCCGACGGGGGUCAACUACGUCGACACCGUCGACUUUUUGAAGGUCGGGGUGCCGGGGUCCGUCAUGGUUUACUGGCUGAUCGUGAGCGUCGGCUACGUGCUGAUGCGGGCGGUGGGGUACUGA